UUUUCCUUCUUGUUCAUCGUCAUCGUCAUCUUAGAGAAGAAAUAAUUUCAUUUUUUUUAAAAUGCCUGGUUGGUGGGGUAAAAAGUUGAGUAAGAGCAAAGAAGAGAGUCAAAAUCGAAGUCCACGGGGUACCAGCAUCGGAGUAACCCAGCUUUCGCCUAACAAAACAGAUGCUGUUGCUGCUGGCGUUUCCACCGGCGGCGGCUCUUCUGGUAAAAUGAAAGCAACAGCAGCCGCCGCCGAUGAAAAGAACCACAACUACCCAAAGAGCUUUGAUAGUGGAGGAGGCCUUGUUUUAACCACCGGAAAUUCGCCACGUGCCAGCAAGGACUUCAGCGUUGUUGGUGGGUCACCUGGGUUUUCGGGUUUCGAUUCGGAUUCAGGGGAGAAAAUAGGGAUCCCUUUGCCUACACCAUCCGUCUCACCGAUGCAAAGUGAUCAUGUCGUCGGGUUAGGAUUCGCGUCGCCUUCGGAUUUAAGUGAUAGCUCUUCUGACGAUAAUCAUCUUGCAAAUGAUCCGGUUCAAUUCAUCGCAUACAGGUCAUAUAUUGAUCCCAGAGGCCAAGGUGAAACUAGAAUGAGCAUGAGGUCAAGAAGCCCAGGUCCGGGGUUGAGAGGGCCGACCAGCCCAACGUCACCUCUUCAUCAUCAAUUGUCUGCAGUGAGUAUAGAGUCUCCUACAGGGAGAAAAGAAGAUGGGAAAUCUGUGUGUCAUAAGUUGCCUCUUCCACCAGGUUCUCCCACUAGUCCUUCUGCUUCCUUGCCUGGCAGUAGCAGCUCAAGAGCUUGUGGAGUGAGUGAAACUACACCUUGUACUCUAUCAAAAUGGCGAAGAGGUAGACUCUUAGGGAGGGGAACUUUCGGACAUGUUUACCUUGGAUUUAAUAGUGAAAGUGGACAGAUGUGUGCUAUAAAAGAAGUCAGGCUCGUAUCUGAUGAUCAGACAUCAAAAGAAAGCCUAAAGCAACUGAACCAGGAGAUUAAUUUGCUGAGUCAGCUAUCUCAUCCAAACAUUGUUAGAUACCAUGGAAGCGAUCUGGGUGAAGAAGCACUCUCAGUUUACUUGGAAUAUGUCUCUGGUGGUUCAAUCCACAAAUUGCUUCAAGAAUAUGGUGCCUUCAAGGAACCAGUUAUUCAAAACUAUACGAGACAAAUUCUUUCCGGGCUUGCUUACUUGCAUGGAAGAAAUACAGUGCAUAGGGACAUAAAAGGGGCAAACAUAUUAGUAGAUCCUACUGGUGAAAUCAAGUUGGCAGACUUUGGCAUGGCAAAACAUAUAACAGCUUGCAGUACAAUGCUUUCAUUCAAGGGAAGUCCUUACUGGAUGGCACCUGAGGUUGUAAUGAAUACAAAUGGCUACAACCUUGCAGUGGAUAUCUGGAGCUUGGGCUGCACUAUACUUGAAAUGGCAACAUCUAAACCACCAUGGCAUCAGUAUGAAGGGGUGGCUGCAAUAUUUAAAAUAGGAAACAGUAAAGAUAUGCCAGAGAUUCCUAAUCACCUUUCUAGUGAAGCCAAAAGUUUCAUAAGGCUUUGCUUGCAAAGGGAACCGUCAGCGCGUCCUACAGCCUUGCAACUGCUAGAUCACCCUUUCAUUUGUGACCAAGCAACUACAAGAGUUGCUAACAUUAGCAUAACCAAGGAUGCAUUUCCUUACACUUUUGAUGGAAGUCGCACUCCGCCCAUUUUAGAAAUGCAGUCCAGUAGAAAUAAUAUCCUCUCAUUUGAUGGAGAUAAUGAGACAAGGGGAAGGACUACAACUUCAAGAGCUUUAAGGAGUCCAAGAGAUAAUGCAAGAGCAAUCACAUCUUUGCCCGUGUCUCCUUGCUCAAGUCCAUUAAGACACGGUACGGCCCACAAGAGUUAUUUUCUUUCUCCUCAUCCGGCUUAUCAGUUUGUAGGACAGAGCAAUUACAACGUGGGUGAUUUCUCCACAAAUUUUUCGAGGCCAAAUCCAAAAUACACUCUGGAUCCUUGGCGUCAAACUUCACUGCCAAAUGUUCAAACACCAGGCACCCCUCCAAGAACGAGACCUAUUUGAGAUAUUGUAAAUAGCGACGGAUAAAAUGUAUUUUUCCACUCCAUCCCAAAGUCCAACGAAAGCGAGUAUAUUUCGUUGAUGGAAGGAUCCUCCCUCCCUAUUCUGUAAAAUUAAGCCAUGUCAUUCUUCUAGACAACUAGAAAUGUGAUUGUGAUUUUAGUUUAAGGCUACUCGAAGCGGGAAUAUUUGGGGACAAUGGGAGUUCUGUUGCAGGGGAAAGAUGAACGAUGCUCCGAUACUUUGAUCUUGUACAAUGUUCUCAUUUUGUAUAUGGACGAUGGCCACUAGGUCUGUUAACAUUAUUGUUGUUGUAUACUAGUUCAUCACGUACGUAAUACCAUCACUUGUCAUCAACUGGUUGAA